CCGUUGGAUUUGAUCAGUCUGCGUUCGGCCGUCGUUCAUACGCAGAGCUCUCCCGACCACGUCUCGUCGAUCCCGCUCGAUCGCUCCCCCGAUCCGGGUCCGCGCCGCGGAAAAACUCCGUCAGCCGCACUCGUCAGUUUGGCGCCGCCGAGUCGAAAACCGUUUUGCGAAUUUUUUUUUUUUUUCAAUUUUAAUUUUUUUUUUUUUUUUUUAAUAUUAUUGUUUCAAUCGUUUGUUUACUAUACAUGUAGUUUUCGGAAAAAAAAAUUCUCGAUUCCGCCCACGCGGCCAAAACGAUCGCGCGAAGUCCGACGGGUCGCACUAUGAUCGUUCCGUCGCCGUCGCCGACGCUGUCGCUCGACCGACCGGCGAAACGGUGCGCGCCGGUCGUCCGGACCAAACGAUAAAUCGGCAAUAAUUUUAUUAUCGUAUGUAUUAUUAUAGUAAUAAUAAUUAACACUGCCGCGGAAAUUACCGUCGCGAUCCGCCGCUACUGACAAUCGUGUUUUAUAUUAUACACAUAUAUCUGCACUCGUAUAAUAUAGAUAAUUUUUUUUUAUUAUUAUUAUAAUUGUUUAUAGUUUUGUUUUUAUUCGUUCGCUCGAUCCGUGUGUAUUUAUCGCGCGAAACGUUUUCCGCGUCCGAUCUCCUGCAGAUCGUCAGAGAUUUUAAUAUUAUAAUCGCAAGUCCGCGACAUACAACCGGCAAAAACGAUAAUUAUAACAUAUUAUUACUGUACACCGCCCAUCGGAGGCGAACAGCAGUGUGAUCGUCUGGAAAUCUCGCGUGUACGAGAAAAGCUCGGUAGAAGCCCACCGCCGCCGCUGGCACGGACGGAGGGAAAUCCGGCCAAAGGUCGACGGCAGGUCUAUCCGUGCAGACAUGGUGUGUGGCCGACGACGACGACGCCGCCGCUACGCACCUGAAUCCUCACCUGCUGCAUGAGUCGCGUUCAACCACUUACGUUAACAAAAAUAAUCCAGAGUGCUUUCGUUCUAUUAAUGGUGGUGUUGUGCGACAUUUGGAGGUGCGGCCCUGGCUAUGGAUUUGGGGUCCGACUAUACAACGAUUGCAGUAGUCGAAAUGUCAGGGUUGACUACCGGGGACGAGUUCUCGCCGACGACGAGACUUCGAAUCCAUUUCAAAACCUGACUGUCAAAUCCCUGGACUUCAGUAUUCGACUGUCGAUAUUCGCUGAGGAGUCGCAUCGGUAUUUGUGUUUCAACAACAAAUGGUCCCUUGUUGGUUCGAAACAUUUCCGCGGCCCCAAGUGUCUGUUCUACGAGGAGAUGCUUUCCACUGGGUACACACGGUACAAGUCGGUGGUCGACAAGUCGCGGUACAUAGGUUUCAACCGGCGGGGCCGUCCAAUGAGGCGGCACGUGUUCCACACGGACCCGCUAAACCGGUGCCUGAACUUCCUCAAGCUGGACACCAAGUUUGACAUCGGCGACCACAACCGCAAAGUGGCCGCUUCGUCGGGCAAGACCAUCGCGGUCGGCGGCAGUGGAGGCAAGCGCAACGGUUCGUCCAAGAAACCGAUUGCGUCGUCCGGUGGCGGUUAUAACAGAAAAUCGCCUACGACCACCUCCACGACGACGACCACGACGACAACUACCACCACCACCACCACCACAACGACCACUACAACACCACCACCACCACCACCUUCACCACCAUCACCGUCAACACAUCCUUCUUCUAAACCACCAGUCAAGCACAGUCGAAUUCGGUUCCGACACAACCGACGCAACAGACACCGUCCCGAAGCCCUUCAAUCGUUAGAUCAAGACUAGAAUAGUAUUAUAUUAUUACUAUUAUUAUUAUUAUUAUUAUUAUUAUGACUAUUACUAUUAUUAUUAUCAUUAUUAUAAUCGUCAUCGUCAUCUUUAUAGUAUCCUCGAACCUCCAGACUCGUAAAAAACACAACAGUUAUCAUCACAAUUAUUAUUAUUAAUUUAUAACGGAACGAAAUUCCCGAUCAUCGACAUAUGGGUCGUAGUUUUUUAUUUUUUAUCUACAAACACUCGACGAUGUUGCUACGAUUUAUGUGUAGAUAAUAUUAUAUAUAGGUUAACCAUCGCCGUGGCGUUUGAGGGAUUUACACGUAGGUACACGCACUCAAAACCCUACUCGGGGACUAUUUUUCUUUAAAUAAUUUUUAUCGUUUUAUUUAAACGUCGUUUCUUAUUGUUUGAUUUUCAAACGUAUCUCAGUAAACCGUGUUGCUGCAAUCGACGACACCGUGUGCUCGUCAUAAUAAUUUAAUACGUGCGAUUCACUAGUUGCCCGGAGAGAGGUGAAAAAUCUGUGCUCGCGCGUAUCGACUGUGGAUUUUUCCGUCGCGUUUUCCAAAAAUAGUCAAACGGUCCAGUACAAUUAAAGGCGAUGUAUAAUAGUUUUAUAUUCGUACGAAAUCGGAUGAUCCAUUCCAUAUGCCAUGAUAUAAUAUCGCUCGCAUGUUAUGUUACCAUGUUGUAGCCAUCAAAAUUAUAAUAUAAAGUUAAAAUGAAAGAGUCCGAUGCUAUUAUUUGAAUUGUCACGGAAAACAUGUUUAGUGAUAUUGUUUAGUAUGAUAAAUCUAGUCAAUAUUUCCUUUCCAUUAUAAACACUUAUAUAAUCCAGAACAUCAAAAUAUAAAACAAAAGUGUAGAAUGACGUAACGUUGUGUAGUAAUUUCACGCAUUAUAAAUAAAAUACGUAGUAAAAAACGUGAUAGUAGAAUAUUGAACUAUAUAGUGUUAUGAAAUAUAUAUUAUAUUGUUUUGCGUACCUAGAGCCUAUAUUAUAAAAUAUAACGAACAAAACGUUCUCAAUACCGAAUAGUAUUAAUAUUUUUAAUUCAUAAAACAAAACCAUUUAUAAAAGGCUAUGGGAAGAAAAUAAAGUAUUUGUAGCGUUUAAACAAUAAUUCUUUAGUCACGAGUGUCAGUUUAGGUUAUAAACAUAUAUUUCCGUUCUGUAACGUCUCGUUUUGAUCAAACCACAGAUUGCCGAACUUAAGCGUAUAAGUAUAAUAUAAAUAAUGUGUUCGUGUGUAAUAUAGUAACAAUAAUAAUUGUGAUGAUAAUUGUUCUGGAAACACGAGAAUAAUAUAGAAGAUGACGAUAUUGAAUACAUAAUAUCUGUGUAAUGCAGUGCAAAUCGUUUAUAAUGACGUUCGAGGGACCAGUAGUAAAAUAUUAUGUAGGUCAUAACAAAUCACCGUACAACCGAAUGACAUGCGUACAGCAAUAUUGCCCGGAGUCUCGGACACUCCAAUAUUUUAGUUCGCACGGGACCCGACAAUAUUAUGACAAUAUUAUACAACCACGGUGUCUUUAUAAACGAUUUCUACUGUACGAUAUAAUAUACCCAUACAGUAUAAAUUUCAUCAGCAUAUACAAAUAAUAAUUAACAAACCUGAAUUAGGAGAACCGACCGCGUUCGGAUGAUAUAUUGUUUAACGUAAGUAAAAAAAAAAAAAUAUAUAUAUAUCGAAUAAGUAUCGAUAAAUCUCUAUGAGAUGAACGUUUUUAUUUUUAUUUUUAUUUUUUUUGUCUCUCUCUCUCUCUCUCUCUUGUAAAUAUUGUCUAUACAUAAUCACUAUGUACAUACACGGAACUGUACCAUUUUAGUUGCCUCCUCUCCCCGCCCCCCAAAUUCCUUACCACCCUUUUUAUUUAUUUAUUUAUUUUAUAAUUUUUUUUCCUUUUCGUACAUUUAAUAUAAUAUAAUAUAUAAUUGUGACUCCAUCCCUAUUACACGAAAUAAUUUUAUGUUUUUAUGUUCUGACUCUUUGACGUCACCGAACACCGUAUUACUACAGUUUCCACCUACAAUACCUGCCCCAAUAUUAUUAUUAUAAUAACACAAGUCUAUAACGAUAUGUCUUUAUCCGAAAUAUUUAGCAGUAUUAAAAAUAACGUUGUAUAUAAUUUAACUGUAUUUAGAUGAGCGUGUUGGUCAUGUCACACGUGCAUGUUUUUUGUAAUGUUCUAAAACGCUCGUCGCGUUAACCGGUGCCAUACAAUAUAAAUAAUAUAUUCAUGUAUGUAUAUAUAUAUAUAUGUAUGUAUAUAUAUAUAUAUACAUUUUUUUUUAAAAAUCCACAGUAAUUUUGUGUUUUUAUUUCCAUUAUCCCGAUCCCUGUCCCGACACCCACAAAUGUAUUUUUAUUUUAUUUGUAACUUUAUAAUAUAUGCAUAUAUAUAUAUAUUAUAUAUACAUAUAAGUAUACAUAGACACUAACUUUUAACAUCAUUAUUGUUACAAUUAUUAUUAUUGUUUUUUUUUCUAUUAAUGUGUACAACGUGUUGUACAAAACAUGUACAAUACAAGCGAUUUAUAUUAAUAUUUUUUUUUUCCAAUUGGAACUCUAUUAUUACCUCUCCCCACCAGGCACAUCAUACUAUAUGGUAACAACCGUCGUCGUGUUAUUAUUAUUACAAAAACAAAACAUAUUAUUAUAAUUAUUAUUAUUAUUAUUAUUAUUAUUAUAAUUAGGUAUCUGAGCAAAUCGCUGCUCGCUAACAUGUAUUAUUUUUUUUUUCAAAAAAAAAAAACUUCGCACCGGCUA